GAGCCACAGGAACGUUUUAGGUGUCCGGUCCCUGAAAAAUAGGAGAUUAACUGGAAGAGAAUUGUUUGUUGAAGCGGUUGACUCAUUGCCAACUCCUUUCUCUCAUGAUUAGGGUGUGUUCUAAGUCUGUUCAAGAGCUGCGAGGUGGGGGUGUCAGUCUCUGCACCGUGGCACUGUCUGUCCAAGGUCAAGCCUAAUGGGUACUGGUUUCCGGUGACCCGUUUGAUAGUUUGUCUCCACCUUUCUCGUACCUUAGCCAAUUUCUUUUUCCAGUGUCAUGUCUAAUCAGGGAAUUCUCGGGGACACUUCACGUGGUUUUUCCGUUCUUGUCGUCCCCGGUGUGUGAACAGCGGAUUUUGCCAGUGCAGCGACGGAACUCCUCCAGCCUCAACGCUGGUACACCCAUCAGACACGGGAGGGUAAAUCACCGCAAUGAGAAAUCUCUGUGAAUCAAACUCUGCUGAGUACUCGAACAGUGAUAAACUCAUGUCCUUGCCUUUUUUUGUUCACCAGACGGGUGCUGCCAUCGCACAACUCGAAACGCCGGGCACAGCCUCAAUGCGCAAUCCCCGCCUACCGGUAGCGACAGUGCUUUAAGAUCGUCUUGCAGUCUUUGUGACACCAAGCAGUGUCAACAGGCAUGUUCCCCUUUCUCGACUCAGCUGCAUUUCGACGCUCGGCUGGUCGCGCAUGGGAGAGUUCUGCAGGAUUGACGGCGAUCCCAGCACACAGGAGAAGAUAGUGACUUUUUUGGUUAUCUUUUUGUAUUUCCCUGUCCAUUUCUCGCAUUUGGGUGUACACAUUGCUCAGAUGUGUUCCUACAUUGGGCUUUUGAGUUCUUCUUUCGACGCCUUUUGACCGUCGCCGACAAGAACUCGUCCGUGCCGCUGUGCGCGAGGACAAACAUGUCACUCUCUCGUUUCGAAGACCCAGAUCAACUACCCGAUUUCACCAGAUCAAAUGUCCGACUUCAAAACGUCAGUUACCCGUCCAGCUGUUGUCCGUCACGGUGAUGUUUGUCGUCCGUAGUGGCAAGUCACAGGGUGCUGUCUGUCGAGCGUGUGCAGUCUGUCGAAAGUGUGCAAGGGAUAAGGAUCUCGUUUUGGCAUUGUGCCUUUGUCGGGGGUGCCGUGUGAGGCAGGUUCACCUCUGCAGCACGUUUGUGAGCCGUUUGGUGUUGCUUGGCAAGAGUCUUCAUCUUUCAAGCAUUUGCACUUGCCUGACACUAUCGGUUUUGUUUAAGGAAGCACUCUGUAAGUCCGCGACAGCGUUGUGGGUUCGUCGCAAGGGUCAAUCGUUGAAUCCAGUUUUUAGUGUUUGCAAAAGCCUUCGUUAUUUGUGAGUCUCACUUCGUUGUUUGUGCGUCACAUUAUCGAAUGGGUCUCUUGUGUGGUCUUUGGAAGCCACUUUGAUUGGGUCUGUCUGUUUUCUCUGCACGAAGGCGAAUCUGGAGAGUCACUCGCGCCCUUUGUUGCACCGCAGACGUCUUUCUACAAUGGAAGACUCUGCGGUGCGGUACAGCUCAAACGUUCCGCUCCAGGAAACCCCCGCAUGGGGUGGUGGAUCUGAAGAGAGGCAUCGACAAGGUUCACCGCAUUCCCCAUGUGCCCCUUGGUGCCGCGUUCGAUGCCGGUUGUCUGUGUUUGCGUGGCACUUCCUCUCCACGCCAUCUUUCUCCUUUUUGAGGAAGGUGUUUUGCUGCUUUCGAAACCCACCAGAAUCGAGUGAAUCGUCAGCACCUCGAAACGCGGCAACCAGCGGGACAGAAGAGCAUGGCACUCUGGUGGCCGACUCCAUCCCUCCCCGGCCCGACACGGCGCCCGCUGCACCUUGGGAUGUAUGCACACCGCGCGGCGUGGCGUGGAAACAGAGCGGCCGGCAGUCCUGUCUGUUCGCUGCACUCUCGGCUUCGUUUCUGGGGAGUUUUUUGGCCUGCGUUGUCUUGUACCUGCUUUGCGUGUGGCGAAACGACUGGCAGUCGAUUGACACCACUUUGUUCGCCUGGUCUGGCAAGUACUGGUCUUGGGCGUGGAUUCUCUGUUCUCUCUUCUUCUUCGUUUGGUCCUACAACGUUGUCUUGUCAGUCUCCAUCCUUCUCGUGUUACGUCCGCCGCCCUGCUGGACGCGGGCUGCCGAGUCUUCGACUUCUUUUCCUGCUGCCAUGUCGUCGUCGGCUUCGCGCCUCUCAUCCGCGUGUCUCCCCGUCCUCUCUCCUCUACACUACAUUCUUCUGCCUGGAAGCCUCGCGCUUUGUGCAGCCUUCUUUGUGAUCACCUUUCUGUUAUGGGGGCCCGAGUACAGGGGCGUCCCUCUGUGGUUCGAGUUCUACUUCCCGUCUCUCUACGCCGUGUCUCUGCCCGUGGUCACGCUCUGCUUUGGCGGAGUUAUUGUCUUCUUCUCGCCCACGCGUUCCUCCAGUCCUUCUCGAGGUGUCGUUUUCCCCGAAUCUUCUCAACAGAGGCCUGGCUGCCACCCACACUCCUCCGCCCCGCUGCUGGACACGGCAGGGCCUGCGGCCUUCCCUGGUCCUCCAGGGUCUGCUUACCAGCCUUAUUCGCACUCCGACUUGUGUCUGUUUGACGGCCAAGAAUGUGUGUUCACAAAAACAGGAACAGCGCGCAGAGCAUCAGCUGGCGAGGCAGAUCUCACAGCUCCGUUAACCGGCUCGGGAUCACGCGAUGUCUGCUCUCCUGAUUCCCCCUCUGCCGCAGCUCGAGGACGCGCCUCCGGCACCCAUUCUGGAUGCCUCGGCGUCAGUGCAACAGAAGAGAAAUCAGAAGACAGAGCAGGAGAUGGAGGAGACAGAGAAGCAUGCAGCGAAGAAGACAGCGAAACCGAAGGCCCUGUGACUGCCGUCCACCAAUGGAGACACGUGGUGUUUUGUCUUCCGCAGUGGGUUGCCCUUCUUGUGCUCGCUGGAGUCUGGACGUUCUUUCUUGCGGCGCCUUUCGUUGCUCCAUGGCUGUUCUCGUCCCCCUGUCUGCUGAGAGACCCACCAGCGUCUUCCCCUGAAAAUGAAAGGAGAAGAGUCAAGUUUUCUGGAGAAGAAGAAACGUGGAAGACCAAGUCGUUUUUCGCUUUCGGAAGCGACUCAUCGUCGAGUCUAAACACUCAUCGAAGCAAACGAGCGAACCUCCAUCCCUGGCUACCUGAGAAACCGCUUCUGAUUGGGCACAGAGGCCUUCCCGAACUCCGGCCAGAAAACACAGAAGUUUCAUUCGAAGCUGCUAGCGCCAUGGGCUGCAGUGGCCUGGAGUCUGACGUUGUCAUCUCUGCGGAUGGUGUUCCUUUUCUCCUCCACGACCUCACGUUUGCGCGGACAACAAAUGUGGCUGACGUUUUUCCUUCGCGAGCGAAGACGCGUGCGGAUCUCUUCACCUGGGCCGACGUAGCUGAGCUGAACGCCGGGAGGUGGUGGCUAGAAAAAGACCCCUACGGCACGGUGAAGCUCGUCGACCCUGUUGUUCAGAAGGAAAUUUCCGAACAGAAGAUCCCGACGCUGGAGUGGCUCAUGCGCAAGGCAGUUUCUGCGAAUCGCACUUUGAUUUACGAUCUGAGAUGCCCGGACUGUGACUCCAACACUUGGGGUUGCGGGACAAAGUGCGUGGACUUGACCAUUGACCUUGUUCGGAAAACAAAGUGCAGUCGCCACCUUUGGUGGCUGCAAGACAAAAGACAAGAGGUGAAGAAGGAGUUCCCCGACGUUACCAUUGUUACAGCGGCGGACCGGCACUUCAGACACGACGCUGACAACCUGACCGACGUCUUGAAUGUGGAGUGGGUACAACUUGAUGCUCAACUGAUAAAGAUGUGGAACGAACGAGGCUACUGGGUGAAUGCGUACGUGGUCUCGCAGCCUUGGCUGCUUUCAUACUUCUGGUGCGCUGGAGUCGAUUCUGUGACGACAAACAGCUGCAGUCGUCUCAACGCGAUGGACGCUCCUGUCCAGCACAUAUCCUGGAACGCCUUUCUUUGGUAUGUUGCGAUCUUGGAUCUGAUCUGCAUUCUCCUCUUCAUCGGGCUUCUCUACUUCUGUAGGCGUCCUCCUUCAGAUUGCCCGUGUAGCGUCACCGUGGUAAACAUGAGCAGUUUUUGAGUGCUGGCGUGUUGUGAGAGCAUGUGACGAAAAUGUUAGGGUAUUUUCUCUAUAAAAGAGGAAGGGGUUCAACUUCCUUGAAAAGCUAUUUAGAACGUGACCUGGGGUGAAUGGACGGUCUGAACCUCGGGAAAGAGACAUUUGCGUGCGUCCCGGUCUUUCCUCUCUUUUUCUGUGUAAGCCGGGAUGGGAUGUGGAUUGUGGUGUUGGCUUCUCGCGGUUUCCUUGGACUUCUUCUUCUUUCCUGUCUUACAAAUUCUUCGUCGCGCCGACCGGUUCUUGCUAGGCUGUUGUUCCCGUGUUGACGCAUUUCGCUCGCUUUCUCCCUGUUCUGGACGUUCUUUCCGGAGAGAAAAGUGAAUGCCUUUUUCCUGGAGAAGAAACACAGAAGUUAGGUUCACUUUCGUCGUCGACUCUCGUGCCACAAGACAAGAGGCUUUGAUUUUGAAGCUUUCUAUUCCCCUGAGGUCCGAGGUUCUUUCUUUGUGUGGACCUCUCCGGCAAGGGUAGCUGCAUUGUCUACGGUGCAGGACGGGGACGCCAAUGGUAUGGAGCUGUCACAAAAAUGUGGGAGUUCUUUCCGUAAAGCACCACUAUUUCCGGCGUUUUGUGGAGCGCUGACGGCAGUCACAGCGUCACUGUAGACAUCGUAUGUGCGUCGUCGUGUUCGGUAACAAAUCAGAAAUUGCAAGCGUCCUUUUUUCCAAAAUCGUGUGGAACAGCAAGC